AUGGCCAUGGGUGGCGGAACCAGGCUGGCCCUGCUGGUCUACGGGAUCAUCAUGCACAGCAGCGUGUCCUGCUCCCCGGACGCCACCGGACUCCCGUUCCCCGGGAUCAGGUCGGAGGAGGAGGCAUACGACGAGGACGGAAACCAGCUGCAAAACUUCUACGACUGGGAGCCGCCCCGCGUGGAGAGACCCGCCUCCGGGCCCCGCGAGGCCCACGCGCCCAGCCCCCCGGGGGAGAUGAGGGACUUCGCCCACGCGAUCCUGCACAAGGCCUACCGCAAAGUGCUGGACCAGCUGUCCCGCAAGAAACUGCUGCAGAAGCUCGUGGCCCAGGGCGUGGGGACAAUUCAGCGCAAUCGCAUGGACGGGAUGGUCAUAUCGCACGGACAGAGUGGCAUUCGAAGCGGCAACGCCAAAGACGACUCGGAUCCGCUCUCCAAGCGCCACUCAGACGGAAUCUUCACGGACAGCUACAGCCGCUACAGGAAACAAAUGGCUGUCAAGAAAUACUUGGCCGCCGUCCUAGGGAAAAGGUAUAAACAAAGAGUUAAAAACAAAGGACGCCGAAUAACGUAUUUGUAG